AAGAGAAGUUGAGGAGAGUAGAAAAGUUUUAGGCCAUUUGUACAAACACACGCCUGGAGGACGAUCCAACGCGGUUCAACGAUCUGACUCUGACUCGGGUCCCACCUCUUCCAGACACCGACGGCGGCAUUCAUAAGAGAACAACGCACAAACACAAGAGAAGCUUCUUCGCUCUGCAGCCCUCUGCUUUUCGGGGUAAGAUGGAUGAGGUCGUCACGGCUGCCGACGCUACCACCUCCGCCACCUCAACGGCGUCGCCGGAUAACCUUCUCCCUUACAAUCUCCCUCUAUUCUCCGCUUUUCUCGCCUGUGCUCUCGCUCAGUUCCUAAAGCUAUUCACUACCUGGUUUAAGGAGAAGAGAUGGGAUUCGCAGAGAAUGCUUGAUUCAGGUGGAAUGCCCUCGUCGCAUUCGGCUACUGUGACGGCUCUUGCGGUGGCCAUAGCUCUGCAACAAGGGACUGGAGCACCGGAAUUCGCUCUCGCUGUGGUUUUGGCUUGCGUUGUAAUGUAUGAUGCCACUGGUGUAAGACUUCAUGCGGGUCGCCAAGCUGAAAUGCUGAACCAAAUUGUCUGUGAGCUUCCUCCAGAGCAUCCUUUAUCCAGUUGCAGACCCCUUCGUGAUUCCCUCGGGCAUACUCCAAUUCAGGUUGUUGCUGGUGCGGUUUUGGGCUUCGUUGUAGCAUAUUUGCUGAAAGAGUCCUAGUAAAAUAUCUGGUAGCCGAUACCGAUACUGAUUCUUUGAGCUGUUAAGCUGUUGAGUUCAACUGCAACACAAGCAAAUGGUGUAGGAGCUGUCGGUAUAUGUAUAUGCUAUUAUUCUAUAUUCACUUUACCAAAUAAAGGAUUCUCCCGUGUUGUAGCUUAUGAUUCAUUUCAAUAUAUAUAUAAACCCGUUCUUUGCA